AUGCUCGGCUCCGGGCCCUCCACAGGUCUGACAGCAAGCAUCGCCUGACGCGGGCCCUCACGCCAGCAGGAUGGCUUGCAAACAGUGGUUUUAUCCUUGUGUGGUGUGUGUGCUACAGGUGUGCCGUGGUUGCGUUGUCUGACUGACCCGAUGGACGGCCGGCCUUGUCGUGUGUGUCGUGAGGCGAGGCGGAAUUCUCUGAGCAAGAACCGGCGGCGCAACCCCUCCAUCCUGCUCAAGAUACGCAAGAAGGCACACGAGAUUGAGAAGGAGAACCGGGACACAGCCAAUGGAGGAGAAGGUGAGUGGGUUUGGUGUGUCGGGAGGGUGCGAUGGAUGAGUCUAGAGCGCGGGUGCUGUGUGUGUGUUGUGUGGUUUCAGGUCCUGAUGCGUUCCACAUCAUCCUGAUUGACUGCGGCAAGAGCUUUCGCGACGCAGUGGAGACGUUCUUCCCGCUGCUGGCCGUCAAGUGAGGCCAAACAUUGAGCACUCUUCCGCGACCAUCGGGCUGAUCAUGUUUCCUGUCGUGUCUGUCAUGUCAGGCGCAUCGACGGCGUGGUCUUGACGCACGACCACGCGGAUGCGGUGCUGGGCAUCGAUGACCUCAGAGACCUGCAGAGGUCAGACAGACAGCGGGGCGCCAACCAUGGGGGCGUGGUUGAUGCGUUGUGUGCCGUCGGUGUGUUGUGUUGUGUUCAGGUGCGAGAAGCGUGUGGAUCCCGUGACGGGCCACUCCAACCUCGCCUCGACCAACGCCCUGCCCAUCUGGGGCAGCUCACAGGUCACACACACACACACACAGGCAUCCCAUACAAAGCCAUGAGCACGAAGGAGCCGAAUGCACCACCGGUCACUUGGGGGCAUCGAUCGCUUCAUGCGUUCAGACUGUCGAGCGUCUCUUCAACAUGUACCCAUACCUCUUCGCCCCCGACCAGCGCUCCCUCGUGCGACGGCACUCGCCAUCCGUCUCAUCGCCACAAGCACACAACCCAAGCAACCCCCGCGAAGCGCGCCUCGAGGCCAUCCAGGAGGCCAACGGCAGCGCACCCCACGCCACACACAACGGAGCCCUGUCAUCCCCCUCAUCACACAUUCCCCCCGUAUCAUCAUCGCCCGACUUUAAGCGACUCGUGGAGAACAACGGCGCCGCCAACACGGUCAAGGAGUCGCUCCCUGCCUCCUCCCCACCCACCCCGCCACGCACGCCCUUGCCAGAGGGGCUGGGGCUGGGUCCGCUGCCUGCCCGGAGGAGGCCGGUGGGGCCGGCGAGGUACCACCACCACCCGCACCCGUUCGUCCCGCAUCGGUCCACAUCUGACUAUGUGCAUCCCUCCAAGACGGCCGGCGACUCGUACGCGUGCCACCGGUCUAUGAGUUUGUCGAUCAACUUCUUCAUCCCCUCGCAGCCGCUGCUGUUCGACGACCCCCCCUCCCCCUCGGCACUCUCCACCAAGACCACCAUGGCCGCCAUUCCCGCGUCGGCGCAGAAUGUGCGGCCGCAGAAGAACAGGUGGGCCGACGACAAGCCGGUCAAGAAGGUGCAGCGAGAUCACAAGGCCGGCCUCAAGCCGCCUGUCAACGGCCCCAUGCGGACGGCAUCGGCCGAUGUGCCGGGGACCGGGUCGACGUAUGACCCCUCCAGCACCCUGCAGGACCGGCGCGGCUCCCCCAACCUACGCAUCACCAUCAAGGAGCCGACCACCAAGUCAGCGUCACUCACGCCCAAGCCCAUCGACUCGCCGGUCGAGUCGGUGCCGUCGCUGCCCAUGACCCCGUCAGAUUCGUCGCCCCAGCUGGCGGCAUCGACGUCGCUGGAGAGCAAUGACCACGACAUCAACACGCCGCUGUCUGGCAAGAGUGAGGGGCGUGCUAUGAGGAUGGAGGAGCGGCGGGAUGAGGGCGGGAUGGGCAGCGGGGUGGGUGGGGCGGGGGAGGUGAAGAGGAAGGCCGUUCCGACGCGAUUCACGGCGUCCAUCGACUGGCAGUUCUUCGAGCCACUCGAGAAAUUUAAGGUACGUCUGUGCUGGAUGGGGGAUGGCUGGCUGGGUGGGUGGCUGGGUGGGCGACAGCGCCUCACGGGGCGUGCGUUCAUUGCGUUUGUGCUGUGCUGUGGCCGUGUGUGUGUGAGGUGUGUGGGUAUGAGAUAAUGCCGCUGCCUGUCUGGCACGGCAAGGACUACAUCUGCUAUGGCUUCGAGUUCGGCGAAAAGGUACACACACCACGUGUUGAGGCCAUCCAUCCAUCCCUCCAUCGCUUGCCGUGUUCAGGAGCGUUUCGUCUAUCUGUCUGACGUGUCUGCUGUACCUGAGGCGACCAUGGCCUACCUCAAGGGGGGCCCACGCAUCGCCACGCUGGUCCUCGACGCCCUCUUCAAGGACAAGACCCACCCCACACAUUUCAGCCUCGUGAGCCGACCAAAGAAGGAAUUAUGCAUCUAGCCAGCCACUGGGGAGGGAGCCGUGGGGAGGGUGUGUGUGUGUGUGUGGUGUGCAGGUGCAAGCGUGUGAUUUGAUCCGGCAGCUGCGGCCCAAGCAGACCUUCCUGACAGGGAUGUGUCACGACUUCGACUACCCCCACGACAACCCUACCAUCAAAGCCACCAUGGUCAGCUGACAAGGCAACAGACAGACGAACGAGUCGUCACUGCAAAGGGCUGCGCGCGUGUGUGUGUGUGUGUGUGUGAUGCCGCAUCAGAAAUCUGAGGGUCUGCACGUGGAGAUGGGCUUCGACGGCCUCUGCAUCCCUCUCAGCUGAUGAGCCAGCCGCCCGGGCCGUGUCGCGGGAUAGUUGAUUGAGAUGCUGG